GGGCCCCCGGUGGCAGCCAUGAGCGCCGUGUCCGUCGUCGUGGCCAGCACGCCGAAGGGGGGCAUCGGCAAGGACGGCGCCCUGCCCUGGCGCCUGCCCGAGGACAUGGCGCACUUCAAGCGUGUCACCAUGGCUUUACCAGACGACGCCGACGCGGGCAAGCUCAAUGCCGUCAUCAUGGGCCGCAAGACGUGGGAGUCUAUCCCGUGCAAGUUUCGGCCUUUACCUGGACGUCUGAACGUCGUGCUGACGCGCACCGUUGCCGACCCGUCGGCUGACUCGGUCUAUCCCGCGGGCGUCCUGAUCGCGUCGUCUGUCGCAAACGCCGUCGACCAGCUGGCGAAGCGCCAGGACGUGGCCGACGUGUUCGUCAUCGGGGGCCAGGCCGCGUACCAGGAGGCCGUCGAGCUGCCCAGCUGCCGCUACAUCUUCAUGACCCGCGUCGGCAAGGACCUCGAGUGCGAUGCGUUCUUCCCGGCCUUCGACGACACCAAGUUUCAGGUGGUGCACUUGAGCAAGACUUCCAGCCACGACGGCCUCCCGUACGACUUCAUCGUGUACGAGCAGAAGGCCAUGGCGGCCGCGAGAUCGAACCACUCUCCGGCGCUGGCCGCCCUGGGCGGCGCGGGGCGGCUCCUGCACGAGGAGUAG